GCGCGGACGGCCACGAUGAGGUGCUGCCGCCUCUACGAAUUCGACGCGGCCCGCGGCCCCCGGAGGCUUAUGCGUGUGGGCCUCGCGCUGAUCCUGGUGGGCCACGUGAACCUGCUCCUCGGGGCCGUGCUGCACGGCACAGUCCUGCGACACGUGGCCAAUCCCCGCGGCGCCGUCACCCCAGAGUACACCACGGCCAAUGUCAUCUCCGUGGGCUCGGGGCUGCUGAGUGUUUCCGUGGGGCUUGUGGCCCUCUUGGCAUCCAGGAACCUUCUGCGGCCACCACUGCACUGGGCCCUCCUGGCAGUAGCUCUAGGGAACCUGCUCUUGUCUGCGGCCUGCUCCCUGGGCCUCCUCCUUGCUGUGUCACUCACUGUGGCCAACGGUGGCCGUCGUCUCAUUGCUGAUUGCCAUCCAGGACUGCUGGAUCCUUUGCUACCGGUGGACCAGGGGCCUGGACGGUCUGACUGCCCGUUUGACCCCACAAGAAUCUAUGAUACAGCCUUGGCUCUCUGGAUCCCUUCUUUGCUCAUGUCUGCAGCGGAAGCGGCCCUAUCUGGUUACUGCUGCGUGGCUGCCCUCACCCUACGUGGGGUUGGGCCCUGCAGGAAGGAAGGGCUUCAGGAGCAGCUAGAGGAACUGACAGAGCUUGAACUUCCCAAGUGUCAAAGACAGGAAAAUGAGCAGCUACUGGAUCAAAAUCAAGAAAUGCAGGCAUCACAGAAAAGCUGGGCUGAGGACAGGUGCUGAUCCAGAGGCUCAGUACACAAUGGUGACAUAAACCCCAAGAUGAUGUAAACAGUUGUAAUAAAAGUACUAAAACUUGA